AUGUUUAUUCGACGUUUGAAUAUUCGAGAUCAACCAGUAAAUAUUUUUGGUGAUGGUCUUCAUCAAACUCAAGUAAAUGUACAAAGUUCAUUUAUAAUCGAUGCACGUUCAGCAUAUAAUCCAACUGACGAAGUUAAAAUCAUUAUAUGUCCACCAGAACGUUCAACGUACGUUCAAGUUAUUAAUCAUCAUGAUGGCUUAUGGAUGGUUAAUUAUGUAUCACAUGAAAUUGGUGAACUACAAAUUCUUGUAUAUCUUGGUGAUAAACUUAUAAAUAAUAAUCCAUUUAAAAUCAAUGUAUUUGAUAUUAAUCAAAUACAUGUUUCAAAUUUAAGCGAUGGUUAUGUUAAUCAUUUCGUUAAAUUUAAUAUCGAUACAAUUAAAGCUGGUAUUGGUCAAUUGGAAGUUUUUGUACAAGAUGGACAAGUAUUGUGUAGUGCUCUAUCACGUAGUACAUCAGAAUUUGAUGUUACUUUUUUACCACGUCAUUGUGGACUACAUCGAAUUGAUAUUAGAUUUAAUGGAUUAACAAUACCCGGUAGUCCCUUUGCUUGUGAUAUCGAUGAAAUGGCACGUGUAACUGUAUCUAAUCAUUUAACAAAUGUACAUGUCGCACAUCCUGCUUCGUUUGAUAUCUGUAAUCAAUCUCAACAUAUAGAUAUUCAUAUAGCCUCACCAUUGAAUCAUUGCGUUUUUUAUCAACGAACACAAGUGAAUGAAAAGAAAACUCAUAUUGAUUAUAUUUUAAAUGAAAUCGGUCUGCAUCGUGUAGAUGUUCGAUCGAGUCAGAACAUGGAAGUAUAUGGUUCAUCGUUUCUACUACAAUCAUAUGAUACAAAUCGUUUAGUUGUCUCUGAAAUACCACGUUUUAUCAUCUACAAUCAACCUGUUGAAUUUACUAUUGAUGCAUUUAAAGCUGGAGAAGGACAACUUGAAGUUGCUAUUAACAAUGGUCAAGUACCAAAUAAAGUUAAACCAUUAGGAAAAUCAACAUUUCAUUUUACAUUUAUUCCAACAUCAAAUAAUCUACAUACACUUUCUAUUAAAUUCAAUGGACAAGAAAUACCUGGUUUUCCUAAAGAAUGUCAAGUUAUAACAUCUAAUGAUAUAAAAAUUCAUGGACCUGGUCUUAAUCAAGUAUUGGUUGGUAGUCAAACAUGGUUUACAAUUGAUACAUCACAUGGUGGUUCAUCAAAUAUUGAAGUGAAAAUAUUAUCACCUAAAGAUGAAGUAUUAACUCCAUCAACACUAUUAACUAUAGCUGGUCUUCGAGUUGAUUGGACACCAACCGAAGUUGGAACUUAUAAAAUUCAUAUAACAUUAAAUGGAAAUAUAGUACCUGCAAGUCCAUUUUUUGCGAAAUGUUAUGAUCCAAAAAAAAGUUUCGUCGAUGCAUCGAAGGCAGGUGAAGGUAAUCUUGAGAUUAGUGUCAAUUAUUCUGGUCAUAAUAUUCCUAAUGAAGUCAAACCAUUAGGAAAUAGUAGUUAUGAAGUUCAAUUUAUUCCACAAAAAGCAACAACACAUCACUGUCAUAUUCUGUUCAAUGGUGAACUUGUACCGGGAAGCCCAUUUCCUGUAAAUGUCAUGGAAAAUCAACGUGUGAUGGCUAUUGGUAAAGGUCUUGGUUCAGUUCCAAUUAAUAUUCCAACAUCAUUCACAGUUAUAACACAAAAUGAUGAUGUGGGAAAAUUGAAAUGUUCGAUAAAAGGACCAAAUGAUCAUUUGGUAUCAUGUAUAACUACAAAAAUAGAUCCAAAUCGAUAUGAAGUAACUUAUACGCCAGAUCGUGUUGGUGAAUUUCAUAUCGAUGUUCAACAUGAUGAUAUUCCAAUUGAUAGUAGUCCAUUUACAUCUCAAUCAUAUGAUAUGAAUAGAAUAAAAACAUAUGAUAUACCAUCAUCAAGUACUGUUGGUACACCAACUUCAUUUAUUAUCGAUGCAGCUGAUUCGGGUGCAGGCAAUCUGGAAAUAUCUAUAUCAAGAGAUGGAAAAAAUAUUCCAAAUUAUGUACAAAAUGAAGGUAGUGCUCGAUUUCGUGUAAAUUUUGUUCCAGAUAAACCUUGUAUUCAUUAUGUUCGAAUUAAACUUAAUGGAAUUCAUAUUCAUGGAUCACCUUUUGCAUGUAAUGUAUUUUCAAGUGAUUAUACAUUUGAAAAUUAUGAAUUUGCACCCAUUAAUAAACGAGCAUUAAUUACAAUUAAACCGAAAUUAAAUGGAAUAAUUGAUCCAAAUAUUUAUGUUGAUAUUGUUACUCCAUCUGGUAAAAAAUUAAAGAGUAAAAUUGAAAAAACAUCAACAAAAUUAUAUACUAUUGGUUUUGUACCAAAUGAAAUCGGUGAUCAUGAGAUAAGAUUUUAUCAUGAUGAAGAAAAAAAACUAAUUAUGACAAAAUUGAAUUGUCAAGUUUAUGAUAUAAGUAAAAUACGUGUCAGUGAUUUACCACUUGCUGUCACUCAUCAACCGUGUAAAUUUACAAGUAAAAUUAACUUUUUUUUUUU